AUGGUACACCGAACCCAGAUUGUACACCAGAAUUACAAUAGUACACUAAACCAAUAUGGUACACCAAAAUUAGAUGAUAAACCAAAUCCAAAUGGUACACUAAACCUAGAUGGUACACCAAAUCCAGAUGGUAUAUUAGAUCUAGAUGAUACACCAGAUUCAGAUGGUACACCAGACCCAAAUGGUAAACCAGAUUCAGAUAGUACACCAGAUUCAGAUGGUACACCAGACCUAAAUGAUACACUAGACCCAGAUGGUACACCAGAGUCAGAUGGUACACCAGACCUAGAUGGUAUACCAGACGUAGAUAGUACACCAGACUCAAAUGGUACACCUGAUUCAGAUGGUACACCAAAGUUAGAUGUUACACUAGAUUCAGAUGGUACACUAGACCCAGAUGGUACACCAGAGUCAGAUUGUACACCAAAGUCAGAUGAUACACCAGAGCCAGGUGGUAUACUAGACCCAGAUGGUACAUCAGACGUUAGAUGGUCUACUAUACUCAAAUAG